AUGGGAGCCUAUACAUCAUUUGUAUAUGUUGAUGAUACCACGAAUUUUUCAGCUGGUCUUGGAUAUGUUAAUGGUGUCUGGCAUGUAAUCAAAGGGAUUACAUGUAUUGGUGGUAUAUAUGGUGCAAUCACGAAAAAUGUAAAAUUAGUCCAUCUUCUUGCAGUGGUAAUUACUGCGACCGCAAUGAUUCAUUUAGUCUUUGGUACUGGGCUCAUUGUUUUAGGGAUCAAAAAUCAAGAUGGACUUGUAGAUCUUUGUCUUCAAGGAAAUUCAACUCAAAAUAUGUUUCCAAAAAACAACAACAAUUCUACUGUCUCAGAUGAGGAUUAUUGUGAAAGUAUUGUAAAUUUGUAUCUCUCAAUUUUUAUUACUAUAACCAUAAUUUCAGUUGUACUUACGUUUUACUUUGCCACUGUCGCAUACCGUUAUCGAGAUGAACUUGAUGAAGAACGAAAAGAAAAAUUGAAAUCUGAAGAUAGACCUAGUGAUCAUCCUCCAAGAGGAAUUUCUACUGAUGUUUAA